AACGCACUUGACUGCAGCUCUCCUCUCGUCCACCCCACCGCACCCCGCCCCAAUAAUAUUCUUCUUCCUCGACCUCCACUCGCCGCCCAACCACUCCAACCAAGGCUCCCCGCACCAUCACACGCUCGACGGCUUCCGACGAAGAGCGACGAUCCUCUGCUGGUGCUGGUGCUGCAGGGGGCUCCGCGCCGCGGCGGAGGGGCACGACCAGCAGCAAGAGGGGGGCGACGACGCGGCGGGAGCUGUGACACAUGCCUCUGUGGGGGACCGCGUCCGGCCCACCGCCGCCUCUGGCGGAGGGAGGAGGCGCCGAGGGGUCGGGCGGGUCGUCGGGUGCCGCGGCGAUACGGUCGCUGCUGCCUACCAGGCGGCGACUGCGGCUCGACCCGCCAUCAAAGCUCUACUUCCCAUAUGAGCCUGGCAAGCAAGUCCGGAGCGCGGUGAGGAUCAAGAACGUCAGCAAGUCCCAUGUGGCGUUCAAGUUCCAAACAACAGCACCAAAGAGCUGCUUCAUGAGGCCUCCCGGCGGCAUACUUGCUCCAGGAGAAACCAUCAUAGCUACAGUGUUCAAGUUUGUGGAGCAUCCUGAGAACAACGAGAAGCCUUUAGAUCAGAAGUGCAAGGUCAAGUUCAAGAUUGUUAGCCUGAAAGUUAAAGGGCCUGUGGAGUAUGUUCCAGAAUUGUUCGAUGAGCAGAAAGACCAGGUUGCAGUUGAGCAAAUUCUGCGGGUUAUUUUCUUGGAUGCUGAGCGUCCUAGCGCACAACUGGACAGGCUCAAGCGUCAGCUCGCUGAAGCUGAAGCAGCUCUUGAGGCACGCAAGAAGCCUCCAGAAGACACUAGUCCCCCUAUCGUUGGUGAAGGGCUUGUGAUCGAUGAAUGGAAGGAACGAAGAGAGAGAUAUCUUGCUCGUCAGCAGGUUGAAGAGGUUGAUUCGGUAUAAACACGGUGCCAAAAACUCUGCAAAACAUCGGUUCCUGUCCAUGGGUUUUAGCUCCCGCGAACAAAAAUGAGGCUUUGUGUAAUUAAGAUUUAGCUUCUUCCUGGGCCCUACAUGUAGAUAGCCAGUCAGUGCUUGAUAAUAAUAUCCUCCGGGAUAAAUCUUGUACGUGGUGUUCUAGAUUUAGAUGUGUGAUUGUGUUCCAUUUCCUACCGCUGUUUCAGUCAGUGCUGGUUCCAAUCAAUACCAAAUGUAAUUUUAUCUGAAAAAUCACUCUUCAAGGUGUUCAAUGGAAGUUCUCUGAUCAUGUUACCA